UUCUCAUUCUCUCAUUUCCAUUAGCAAUCAAUCACCUUGAGGAAUUCCCCAUGGCGAUGGCCGCCAUUGAAAUGCUCAAGCUCUCGCUUCUCACAACCCUAAUCCUUUUGAUCCUCAGGCCCGCCUACUCGGAGCUUCCUCCGUCGUGCAAGCGCAUCGAGUGCCCUAGCUACGACGUCAUCGACUCCGGCAAAGGGUUCGAGAUUCGGCGCUAUGAUUCCUCUGUUUGGGCCUCCACCGCUCCAAUUCCUGAUAUUUCUCUCCAUGAAGCCACCAGAACAGGAUUUCUCAAAUUGUUCGAUUACAUUCAAGGAAAGAACAAGUACAACGAAAAGAUAGAGAUGACUGCACCGGUGCUCACAGAGGUUUCUCCGAGCGACGGACCCUUUUGUGAAUCAUCAUUCGUGGUUAGCUUCUACGUGCCGAAAGUGAACCAAGCAGACCCUCCACCAGCCAAGGGGCUUCACAUUCAGAGAUGGAAAGAAACACACGUCGCAGUAAGACAAUUUGGAGGGUUUGUGUCUGAUGCGACAAUUGGAGCUGAGGCUGCUGCGUUGGAUGAGAGUGUUUUCGACACAAAGUGGGCAGCAGCCAUCAGCAAGAGCCGUGGCGCUGGCGGUGCUGCCAUUUACACAGUGGCUCAGUACAACUCCCCUUUUGAGUUUGAAGGUCGUGUCAAUGAGAUUUGGUUCUUGUUUGAUAUUGAAGAUGCUGCUGCUGAUGCUGCUGCUCAGGCUUAGAAACUGAUGUCUGGAAUCUUCAUAUAGUAAGUAAAAUGUAUGAAGACUUCAAACUUUUUCUGUUCUUGUUCAUGAAUCCUUCAAUAAAAUGUUCGAGUUCUACACA